AAUAGGAGAAGUUCAUAUAUAAAACCAUAGUCAUUGGCUUUCUUUCCCUUCUGCAAGACUGCAACUACCCUUUUAAGAGAAAGAGAGAAAGUGUGUGUAAAAAUGGCAGCAACAGUAAAGGCACUAGCUGUGUCCAUCACCGCACAAGUUCUAGCCCUAGCAGGCACGGUUAUGGUGCUGGUUUGGUGUAUCCACUUUAGGGGAGGUCUAGCUUGGGAAGCCAAAAACAAAGCCCUCAUUUUCAAUAUUCACCCAGUUCUCAUGUUAAUUGGAUUCAUCAUUCUAGGAGGAGAAGCCAUCAUGAGCUACAAAGCUCUUACUCUCAAAAAAGAAACAAAGAAACUAAUCCAUCUCAUUCUUCAUGGGAUUGCUCUUAUUCUCGGCAUUAUCGGCAUUUACACCGCGUUUAAGUAUCACAAUGAGAGCAACAUUGCCAAUUUAUACAGUUUACACUCAUGGCUAGGACUUGGCACCAUCAUCGUCUAUGCCCUACAAUGGAUAUAUGGAUUUUUGGUGUUCUUCUAUCCCGGGGGAGCUCAAGGUCUUAGGGCAGAGUCACUUUCGUGGCACGUUAUUGUUGGUAUUUUCGUCUACUUAUUGGCGGUUGCAACGGCUGCAUUGGGAUUCUUGGAGAAGUUAACGUUUCUCGAGAAUGGGGGACUAGCCAAGUAUGGAUCGGAGGCUUUCCUAGUUAACUUCACCGCUAUCGUUACAGUAUUGUAUGGCGUUUUUGUCAUUCUCACUACUAUAUCUCAGCCGUCUGCUCAGGUUGAAGAUCAAUAUAGUUAUUCUGCUAUUUAAAUAGUUUCAACUAGUAUUUCAUGUCACAACACCUUCUUUGCAAUGGUGGUGGUGGUUGUUGUUGAAAAGUUUUAGUUUAAUUAAAAUAAAGGCUAUCAUUUUGUACUAAAAUUUGAAUUAGUGGUAGUUUGACUAUUAAAUUAUUAUAUAUAUUAUCUUGUUUCUCA